AUCAAAUACAGCUGUUUGCAAACAGAAGGUUAUGUUUAUAUUUUGCAAACUUUUUCAUUGCAAUGAAAUGAUUAUUAAAAAUAAGUGAUAACAAUAAACUGUAAAUAUUUAGUCGUGUUACCUGUGAUAUUGGAAUGGCUGUACAAUGCUGAAAUAAUUUGCAAUCGAACGGAAACCAAAAAUGGAAUUAGUAUUUGAAGAAUUGGGAAUUCCACCCAAGUACCUGAAAAAAACAGUAAAUGAGAGUCGAUUCAUUGCUUUAGUGCAUAAACAAUGGCUCAAGUCAUUAUUCAAAAGCUUUCACUUGAGAGACUUUAUAGAAAAGUCGAAACUAGAGUCUUGGAACACAACAGAAGAGCCUGGUUCACCAUGGGUCAAGAUAUUUGUAUCUGUUUAUAAGAAAAAAAAUCUCAAAGUUAUCCCAUUGCCAAGAAUAAGACCGAAUGCCACAGGCGAAGAUAAUCCCUUAUUGUUUGCGCAAUUAAUGCAAUAUAUUUCGCAGACUAACUUUAAGAAUCUUUGGAAAAACGCUUUUAAGAAAUAUGGCGAAAGUACUGAAGCUACUAAAGAAACGCAGGUCACAUUAAUAGAUUAUAAUGAUGCUCUUAGGGAAAUUAUUUUGAGGAUGUAUGGUUGCUUAAUAGUUAAUACGCUGGACCCCUCUUUAAUUAUGAACAGCUCAAGAGAUUUUGAUGUACAUUUGAAUGUUUUGCCCACAUUUUGUGGCGUGGAAACCCUUAACGCUGUAUUUCUUCUUCACAUUCCAUAUCUGGAGCAUAAUUUGUCCAAUUGUGUUACUUUUAGUCCUGCUAUUUUAGAUAAGUGUUAUACAAAACCUCUAUUCAUUAUAUACCAAUUAAUACAGUUGCUGAAGUCGCUUCAUGACCGAAGCUUAACUCUGGGUGAUAUUACUUUACAUGAUAUUUACCUGACUGAAGAUCUGUGGCUUUAUGUGUUUCCUAAAAUUAGUUCAAAUAUUUAUGUUCAAAACCUGCCUAAAACUGAAGUGAAACAUUCCACUGUUAGAGAUUGUUGGAAAUUGGGUCAUAAGUUUGACUCAAAUAUUUUGAAAUGCGAAUUUUGCGGACUGAGAACAUACGAUAAAGUGCAGGUUUGCAAUGAAAGUCUCGAGGAGUUAUGCAAACUGUGGAUUGAUAGGAAGAUAUCAAAUUUUACUUAUAUUUCAGCUCUAAAUAAAUAUUCCGGAAGAAAAUUAGGGGACCCAAAUUGUCAUUACGUGUUCCCCUGGGUCACAAAUUUUGCAUCUCGAUGUGGCAAAAACUGGCGAGACUUGAAAAAGUCGAAAUACCGAUUAAACAAAGGAGAUCGGCAAUUAGAUUUAACUUAUGAUCAUUCCCAAACUCAAGUAAAGGUUCCUCAUCAUGUUUCCGAUGUUUUAUCUGCUAUAACGUAUUACGUUUACAUGGCUCGCCGCACCCCAAAGUCAGUAUUAUGUAAAAAUGUUAGAACCAUUUGGGUGCCAGCGGAGUAUCCCAGCUCUAUUCAAAGAAUGCAGGAAUGGACGCCCGAUGAAUGUAUUCCAGAGUUUUUCACAGAUCCUUCGAUAUUUAGAAGUACACACGAAGAUCUAGAUGACUUGGAGGUUCCUGCUUGGGCAACAGGCCCGGAAGAUUUCAUCGAAAGACACAGGGAAGCUCUAGAAAGUAAUCAUGUUUCUGAACGAUUACAUUAUUGGAUUGACCUCACUUUUGGAUAUAAAUUAUCCGGAAGAGCAGCAAUAAAAACCAAAAAUGUUUGUUUGCAUUUGGCGGAUGACCACACUUAUUUAACAAAAUCGGGAAUAGUACAACUUUUCUAUCAUCCUCAUCCGCCAAGGGCAGUGCCUGCGCCUUAUUGGGGAAAAACGCCACCGAAGGUACAAACUAGUUCGGCUACUAAUCAGAGAUCUCGAGAUCGAAGCAAUCCUACCAGCAAUAUAGCAGAAGCAAUUAAAAGUGAUGAAGAUGAUAAUUUAGACUGUGGUGUUGGAUCGUCAAACUGGUCGCCACUAGGUCUAUCGAAAAUGCUUUCCAGAAGCAGAUCAUCGUUACAUGAAGAGCAAGUAGUGAAGCCUAAUAGAAGUCCUAGUGCCACACGUAGUGCAAGCGUCGGUCCUAAAAAUCCAACUUUUACUUCACAUGUAGCAAAUAAGUCGAAAUCUAGCCAAGUAUCAGUUCAUGGUGGAACAUCUUCCUUAAAUACAGGUUUAAUUUGUCUUCCUAAAGACUAUAAACCCGAUGGUGCGUUGGAAAGUUUGGAGAAGAAGCACAGUUUUAUUUCAAAAACGUUUCAUACUGAAUGCGCGAAAACUUACAAAAUUAAUAAUGAUACAGAACUGCUAGUGGAGAAAGCUGGUACAGACUGUUUAGUGCAAAAUGCAUUUACCAACUUUAUUUAUUCGGAGACUUUUGACGAGCGUUAUAGAGUAAAAACCAGAGCAACCAAAUCAUAUACAUUUCCAAUGGAUAACUUCAAUUUGGAAUAUAAACAUUCCAAGGAUAGCAUUUCCAGAAAUAGUCUUGAAGUGCCAUGUAAUUACUCUGAAAUUAUAUCUGCACGAAGAGUGAAAGAGCUACAAGUUCUCGGCUGUUUAAUUGUCGAAAUUUUCCUCUCCAAGCAAAUUCGCGCAUUAGGAUCGAGUUCAUCACCUCAACCAUUUUCUGAUCGGUUGAAAUCAUGUCUUACCAUCGCUCAAAGUUGCCAAAGCGACAUUCCGGCUUGCGUUUCAUACAUAAUAAAUUUACUGCUGAGGCCUGAGAUCAAAGAUCAAACGCAAUUCAGUUACCCAAGCGUUACGAAUUUCGGGCUUCCGCCACCAAGUGCUCAUUUGUUGCUGGAACCACUGCUGCAUUGCGUGGUUCCGUUUCCCAAGACAUUUUUCUCGUUGUAUAAAAUUUUGGAAAGCUUGAAGGAGUUUCGAAAUGUGGCAUUAGAACUGAAUGUGCUUUACCAUUUUGACUGCGAUGGAACCAUGUGUGCCGAGUAUGAGAAUCUUGAACGAACCAAGAUUCUUUUGGCCCAAAAUAUUGCCGAAUGUAAGGUAAAAACAUGCACCAAGCAGUUGGAAGCUUUAUUGGAGACAGUUAACACUAAUACCGAUGCGGAAACCAUUAAUAUUCUUGUCCCUCACAUUCGGGAACUUAUCGAAGAUCCUCCUACUGCUGUUUUAGCUGCUUGGUAUCUAUUCGAUCCAAUUGCCAGGAUUUUAGGGCCUAAGAGGUCUGCUGAGCUAAUGUUAGAGUCUGUUUUGAAGCUAUACGAAAAUGAACCUUCGGAAAGCUACAUGCCAUAUAAUGGCAAAAUUGCCAAGAUUUAUCAUCACAGCUUUCUACUCCGAUUGAUAGUAAGACUGGGUUUAAAGUGCUUUUUGGAUCACUUCGUGACGCCGUUAGUGGAAGCUGUUGGAGGCUACAAAGAUUAUGAUAGGUUCGACAGCACUUUGCACACUCACAGUGAAAAGGUCUUAAGGAAAACCUCACAUUUGAAAUAUAUGGAUGCAGAAAGUCACGAAAUAUCAAUUAGCGACGAAUCGAGUCCUUCUAGUAGCGAUAGAGCAGCAAUAAAGGUGCGUCCGGCGGAGCCGUUUAAGCAGAAUAAAGAGGAAGAAAUGUUCGAACUGGAUGAAGACAAAGAGUCCGAGAAUCAAAUGAAAAGUCUUAUAGAGCACUUGGAGCUGAAUAUUGCGACAGAUUUGCCUUUUAACGUAUCAAAUGCAGAAGAGGCGUUAGACGCCACUUUGAUCGAGAACAUUCAUCAGCUUCAAAGUUUGGAGGAACUGAAUCUGAAUUUAACUGAAGAGUCUGAAGAUGGAGGUUCCAAUGUUACCUCUCCCACUAUUCCCAUUCCAGCCAGUCGGCACAACGUCAUGAAUAUUAGCUGUGAAAUCGGUAGUAGGAAAUCAGAAUCGGAUAGUCUUUUAGACAAAAAGGCGUUCGCUUCUCAUGCCGAUUUAUAUUUGGACUCGCCGAAUGCAAGCUCCGAUCAACUAAGGCACGCAUCUGCAGGUUCAUUGUCCGCUUCGGGUUCGAAGCAUAAAAGAACCGACACGAAAAUUUCAGAUAUGAGUUCUGAUUCAAUUAUCUGGUUAUCCCAUAGAUUGGGUCCAGUGCUAAUGUCCAGAUAUUUGUCUCGGAAUCUACUAAAAAUGCUUACCCUGUGCUAUGUGGGUAGAGAAAAUUUGCUUUUUACCGGCAUUACCGAGGAAGCUGACACGAAAAAUCGGUCAAGCAACUUAAGUGUAACUUCAAGCAAGGUGGUUGGAGACGAUAGUGCCUUUAAUGUGCUUGAAUGCCUUGCUAGCAUAGCCGCUCUAUAUGGAGAAAAACUAAUUUUGUUCCAAUAUUUUCCCCAUAUGAGUGAAUUAGUGGCGCUAUGCAAGCGGAAGUUAACGCAAACUCUAGAGGGAGGCUUAAUAUCUUGUUUAGCUCUUUUGAAGCAUAUUAUUCCAUAUUUGAGCGACGCCACUUUAAUGGAUCAACUACAGGACAUUCUUUCAGGUAUAUUUUACCCCACGGUUCGAUUACUUGGUUCAACUAAAUACCUGUAUCCAAAUGGAUACAUAGCCCGAAGUGUCCUUGCUCGUAAAUAUAUCGACACUUUGUAUGUGUUGUCUAUUCGAAUCGGUUCAGAUAUGACCAGGAAAUAUCUGGCAGUGCCUGCGUUGCAGCGUUUCUUUUAUAUUUUUGAUAAAGUCGCGGCGGCAACUAAUGAAAAAACAACUUUCGAGACAGAAUCAUCUCCAAAAACAUCGGCGGAAGCUCAGUCCAUAUCACGCAGUUCUAUUGAGUUUACAAUAGGCGGGCGACCGAUUUCCGCACCCCAUUUGCGAUUGAAGGACUCAGAGUCUCUGGACAGUUUGUCUUCAACUCAGGGAGCUUGCAUAGCAGAGGAUAACAUGCAAUACUUGGCAACUGAAGAAAUCAGAGAAGUUUUUAACGCAGAGCUGGCCUACGUUACUUACAUCCCUUUCUUGAAACACAUGGGCGUGAAUUCGUUAGAUAUUACAUUGAAAAACCAUGAACACAUUCGAGAGCUUUGCCAGGAAUGGGAGCAAGAAAUCGCGAGAUCUAAACAAAUUGAAGACAAAAUGAGCGCAGCAGAUCUUGCUGAUCUGAAAACAGGGCCAACUUCCAAUAGCGUUGCAAGCAAUAUUAGUGUUAUAGGAAACCGCAUUGAUAUUCAAACUGAAACAUCAAACAGUCAAGCAACAACAGAUUUAUUGAGUUUGGUGAGCAACAGGAUGGAAAACAGCACACGGCAUUUAAAAGGGAACUGGUUCAGUUACUGGGCGCAUGAAACUGGACGUCCCGAAAAAGACACCAGUUUCCAUUUUAAUCAGAUUAAACUUCAGACUUUUGUAGGGCAUAGUAACAGCGUUAAAAGCCUAUAUAUUCUGGACAACGAAAACAGCUUCAUGUCCGGUUCGCGGGACAAAACUGUUAAACUCUGGUCUCUAAGAAGUCAAGGGGAUGGUACUUCUACUUCUAGCUGCCAAUGGACUUAUGCAGCCCAUAAAAAAUCAAUUUUAUCCCUCACCUUUAUUGAAAGCAUGAGAUUAGUUGCUUCUUGUGAUAGCGUCGUCCACCUAUGGGAUCCUUUUAUGGGCGCUGUGGUGGGUCAACUGGAAUCUCCAAAGUUCUCCCCUGUUAAUGUAGUGAAAAGUAUGCCGUCCCCUUCUAGCCUAAUUUUUUCAGCCACUACAGAGGGAACCAUUAAAGUGAUUGAUGGAAGAUUAGCCAAUUACGUUUACGAUUUAAAGAUAACUGUGAAUCCUUCGGGAUUGAUUCGUUGCCUUGCUAUUGGACCGUCUGGAAGUUGGGUAGCUGCGGGACAGUCAUCUGGAAGCAUUACAGUGUUGGAUACCAGAACCGGAUUAGUUAUAUCGAGCUGGAGAGCUCAUGAAGGAGAAGUUUUACAAAUUGUUGCAGUGACUGAUGAGAUUUUAGUCUCCAGCAGUUUGGAUCAAAAUAUCAGCGUAUGGAGUGUUAGUGAUGGACGUUUCAAGCACCACAUGAGUUUAGUUACUCAACGGUUUCAGUGGGUUACUUUGUAUAUUAACUGCAACGAACAAUAUUCUUAGUGGACGUUUUCCUGUCACUUUUCCACAGUUAAUCUUUACAAAAUUCACACAAGAAAGAGGAAAAUCAAAGACGCGCGUGGGAUUUUGUGAAAAUUAACUGGAAACAUUUCAGAAAAACGCAUUUGAACAAGGAACAUUACUAAGAACAAGUGUUCGCAAUGACAUAAUCUACAACGUGAGCAGGCCGUGAGUAAUUAAAAUAGAAAAUUAACAACCGGUCGCUAAAUAGAGCGAUUUGUCUGCAUCUAACGUGUAUUAGUUAUAGCUGGUCACUUUUGGAGCUGGGUAACUUCUGAUUGCUUUAAGCGAUUUUAUUGGUGUUUGAAGUGUUAUCUAGCACGAUUCUAAGGCAUAAUCGAAAAAUUUAUGUCUCAAAAGGAUUUUUUCGCCUAUUUCUUUUAUUUACAGGGUAGUCUCAAAAAAUCAACUUUGCAGUUUUGCAGGGAUAAUAUUUUUUUGACUGAUUUAUAAAAUCUAGACUUUAUGUUGAAGCUAAAAUUUCAUAGACGACUUAGGACGGAAAUUCUAUGCACAGUAAUGAGUUUGGAAGUAAUAGCCGAAUAGUUGAUUAAACAACCGGUAUAUUGUUAAACAAUCGGAUAUUUAUAGUCGAUAUACCAAGGCUUAUAGUUAGGCGGAGAAUGUUCUCGAACAUUACAAUAAUACCAGUCCCAACCUAAAAUGUUCUAGAAUACUGGCUCGGAAACGAUUGUGUCGGUCGAACAGGCCUUCAUUUCUUCACUUCUUCCGUGUUAUCGGUUUGUAGACGUCCAGGGGAGUACGGAUGUGUCGUUCAAAGAAAACUUGGGUUGGCGAUUUGUCUUGAAGUUCAUGGUGUGGUGUGUAGUUGUACGCUGCCACAACUGUCGAGGCUGCCAGAUGAGUCAUCGAGAGCCUUCUUGACUGUCUGUACCACCAUUUGGGGACAAAGUCAACUAGCCUCCCCGCGGUGCGCCCCGGGCAACGUGAUCCCAUGCAAGCCUGGCGUCUUCGAACGAGCGUGGGGAGCGGCAAACUGGUUGACAAGCCUGAAGAGGCUGCGGUAGCGGAUUGAGUCAGGAGAGCUGUCAUCCACAUCCGCAAUAACUAGUUCUAGGAACUAGUUCACAAUUCACCAAACAGUCACUAAUUGUUCCCAAAUAAUCGCGAAAUAAAUCGGUUAGUCAAAUGGGACUUAUCCUUAAAUUCGGGAACCCCCUGGCACUCGCUUAAUAAAGUUUUUCUAUAGCCAAUCUUGGUCUGGCUAGACAAGAAAAAUAUCCGCAGACUAAACGGCUAAAAUCUAAAUUCUAAAUCAAAAUUGUCUAGACUUAAAAGUUGGAAUCUGCCGGGUUCUGUCCACUCAAAGUACACUGAAGCGCGCCCCAGAAACACAACCUGAUUCUUCAGAUUGUAAUCUGGAGAAAAAAACGGGACUCACUUACUCUCGCGACCAUGCGCAGGCUUAUUUAUCCCAGCAAAAGAGGGUUCCUGUAAUAUAGGAUUCCUCUGCACGAUACGCGCUUUUUUAUCAGCAGAACGAGGUUUCCCUAUACAAUACGUGCGUUCCCGCUGUGCACCCAUUUUCUUUUUAUCAGCAGAAUGUGGUUCCCUUAUACGAUACGCGCGCUCCCGCUGUGCACCCAGUUUUUUUAUCAGCAGAAUGUGGUUCCCCUGUAACUGGCGUUUCCUUGCACGACAACGUCUUCCAGGGCUUUGAUCCUGGCCUGGCCCGCGCUCAUUUCUUGUUGGCUGGCGACAAUUUUUAAGUACCUCACUUGGAGCAGAAGCAGUGUACAAGUUUAGGUCUCAGCCUAUGCUUUGAUUUCGCUUCCAUCUGCGUUGCAGACCUUGAACGUGCGCUUGUUGAGAGCCGAGGAGCCGAUCUGCUUGUGCGUGUUCUCGCUAAUCAUCGACAUGUCCGCCCCUAUGUCCGCUUGCAUGUUGACCCGGAAGCCGUUGAUGUUGACAUCGACGAAUUUGCCUUUCCUCUUGGUUCCAAUGUGAACGUCCAUGAUCCUCACAUAGGUCUUCUUCUUAGACCUGCAGACUUGAGCCAGGUGUCUCAUUUUUCCGCAAUUGUAACAUCAUUCGCUGUCGAUGUUCGGAUAAUCCUUGUUGGCGUGCGGGUCGCGUCCACAUCGAUUGCAUGGCGAUCUUGAUCCAUGGAUCUUUUUCCCUUUAUCAUGCUUCCUUCCUUUCGAGUAAGACUUGCCUUUCUACGGCCUGACGGCGUUGAUGUCGAGUUUAGUCUUCAGGCUACUUCCGAUGGUGGUGUUCUGCUGCAUAUCUCGGCUCAUCUUGGUGAGGUUGACAGUUUCGUUGUCGCUAAACUUAAUCUCCGUUGGCAACUGGGUGAAAUACGGUCGCAAAGCUGUAUUGAAGCCAUUUGAAGUUCUAAGGUUUAUCUAUACGCCUUUAGUGUUGAAUAUGGAAAAUCUUGUUUCGUGCAACUGGAGGCAUGUCAAAGUUUUACAAACUUUGCAAUGUUUUAUUUGCCACUCUGAAACUGUAUCUAAAGUAUUCGAUUUUCGCAAGCAGAAAAAGUUCGGCUCUAGAUAACAAUUUAAACAUAAAUCAAAUCACUAGCAGAAGUCAGAAAUUUUCCAGCUCCAAAGUUAUAGCAAAUAUGGCUGUGUAACUCCCAUUUUGUUGGCCAGUUUAGUUAUAACCACCCCCAACUGUUUUCCAAUAUUUUGAAUGCAUCCCAGACUAAAGGAUGAGGCGGAAAACCCAAUAUUCAAUCCUUUUAGUGAAUUGAUAGUCAGCACGCAUUAACACAUAACUUUAUAUUUUUAUCAAACAAUCAGAUUAAUGUAAAUGCAUAAAUCAUAUCGAUAUUGUUCCAUUGGUACUUUUCCUUUUACUAAGUAAACCCGAUUUCUUCCUCAUUGGCUGAUGGUCUGUUUUACGCACAUUUUCUUCAUCCCAUUCGCACGUUCAACUAUCUGAGUCCGUU